ACGACAGCAGCAGCCAACGCGACUGAAUUAAUUCAAACUUGUCGAGACUUCGGCGGCUUUGGCUUUGGCUCUGACGCUGAUCAUCGACAGAGAGCGAGAGACGAGCCAGCAAGGAUGGCAGCAGCAGACUCGGUAGGAACGACACUGCCGCCCAACACGACGCUGUACGUGCAAGGGCUGGACGCGAGCAUCAAGAAGGAGGACCUCAAGAGGCUGCUACACUCACUUUUCUCUGUCCACGGCCACCUCCUCGACGUCGUCGCCCUCAAGGGGCCCAAGAUGCGAGGACAGGCCUUCGUCGUCUACGAGAGCCUGACAUCAGCCACGACCGCAAGACGGCGAGAGGACGGGGCUAUCUUCUGCGGACAGCCCAUGAGGAUCAGCUACGCAAAGACGAAAUCGCAUGCGACGAUCGAGAGAGAGUCUGGCAAGGACGUGCUCUAUCAGAUCAAGAUGGGCAUCAUCAAGAGCCAGGAGGAAGCAACCGCCAACAAGCGCAAGGGCAAGCUCGUCGUGUCUGACGCUCAGAACAGGGAGGAAACCACCCGCAAACGACAGAGAGACGAAGAGGCGGGCAAGAAGAAACGGGCUGGCCGAGCGGGUGUGGAAGGGGAGGAGGACGAAGAAGAGGAAGAUGAGGACGACGACGGCGAUGAUGAGACCGAGCCGAGCGCGGGCUUAGCCAAGAAGCCAAGGACGGUCGCCGACGGAGGCGAGGAGGAGAUGCAGGAGGACUCGGACAAGGAGGAAGCAGACGUUGCUGCGGCGAACGGACAACCGGCCCAGCGCCCCUCCAGUCAUAUCCUGGCCGUCCAUGGCCUGCCGCAAGAGACGACGGAAGACUCGCUCAGGCUCUUGUUUCAACAAUAUGCCGGACUCACAGGUGCGAGAAUCGUACGUGGCAUCGGACAGAUCGUCUACGAGUCUCCUGCACACGCAGCUGUUGCCCUGGAGGCACUCAAUCAGUUCCAAGUCAGCAAGGGCGUUCAUAUCACGGUAAAGUACCAGUAGAACGUCGUGUCAGCCGACUCUGUUGCAUCGAUCGAUCUGUACUGUGAAGGGCAUCUCAGGGCAGGAACAUGAUCC